CUGUAUACAAAAACCCAUGAGGUGGUCCAGAAGUGGGCAUUAUAAUGGGCUCAGAUUCUGAUCUGCCUGUCAUGAAAGCUGCUGCAGAAAUUCUCAAAUUAUUUAAUGUUUCAUAUGAGAUAACCAUUGUAUCUGCUCAUCGAACACCUGAUAGAAUGGUAGAAUAUGCUAAAAAGGCCCAUGAAAGAGGAAUCAAAGUCAUUAUUGCAGGUGCAGGUGGAGCAGCACACCUGCCUGGUAUGAUAGCUUCAAUGACUACACUUCCUGUUCUUGGUGUCCCAGUAAGAGGCUCGUCAUUGGAUGGAAUGGACUCCCUACUAUCAAUUGUUCAGAUGCCUAAAGGUAUUCCUGUUGCUACUUUUGCAAUUCAAAAUGCAACAAAUGCUGCUUUGUUUGCAGUCCGGAUGUUGGCUACUACAGAUGCCAACCUACACAAAAGAUUAAGCAAAUACCAGAUUGAAAUGAAAGAAACAGUUGUAAAGAAGGCAGAAAGGUUAGAAACUAUAGGAUGGGAAGCAUAUCUUGAUUAGCAUUCAGUACAUUUCUGGAUUGCAUGUUCUGAUGGUGAUGACUCAAAAUAUUAUAAAGGGAUCGAAAACUUUCCCUGACAAAGAUCUCUAUUAGUUCUUCAUGUCAGCGAGAAAUGGACCAUAAUAUGGCUCAUGCAUUACCAAAUUGAUUAUUUUCUUGCUUCUGGACUACAAGCAGCAUGACAGAAGAGGGAAAAUACGGGAAGUUCAUAUUCAUGUGGCAUAUGUUGAGGGUGUGGAGUGAGCUUUGGUCUGACACAAAGCUCUUGUGCAUGGGUGGCCUUAACUAUCACACUUUUUGGUUGAAGACUCUGUACAUUCAUCAUUUUGGUUUCAACAAGCUGUCUCUCACUCAAAACAACAAAAUUUACAACCAACCAGAGAUAAUAAGUUGUGUUCUCUUCUUUCAUUACAUUUUUGAUUUAUUAGAGUACAAUUAUGUUCUAUAGCAAAAUUAAGAACCUUGAAACUGCUUUUGGAUCAGUGGUCAAGAAGAAAAUCUAGUUGUAUACAUGAUAUGUCAAUUGAGGGGGGUUAUUUUGUGAGGUAUAGUGCCUUGCCCAUUGAUUUGUUUUCUAUUAAACAAAGUUUUUUAUAUAUAUUGGCAAGCAUUUGCAGAUUUUUUAAAAAGAAACCUCUGUUUGUUACA